GAAGAAAAUGUUCCACCGAUUUUGCGGAAAAAAAUUUUACAAUGUUUUUAACCGCAAUUUAAUUCGUUAUUGUUCAACAUCAUCCAUCAAAUCAUCGGAUAUUCCACCCGAAUUCAUCAAAACAAUUACAUAUCGAACAUGUGUUGGCCUUUAUGAUCGAUUGCGAGAAGAACAGCCAAAAGUAUUUCGUCAUUCACCAUCCGAAGGAUUGGAUAUAACUAUUGAUUAUGUAGAUAAUUGGCAACCAAAUCAUCAUUAUGAUAAGGUAAUUGUAGCCAUACAUGGAACAUCCGAUACUUAUCGUACAUUUACUAAAUUGAUUAAUCAUUUUCAUCAACAAAAAAAUGUUCGUGUUAUUGUUCCUAAUCAACCAGAUUAUAGACAUACUAGACAAACAAAUUUUCAAUUUUGGCAUACAUUUGAUGAAAAAUAUUAUUGUAUUAAAGAUUUUCUUGAACAAUUGAAAAUCAAACAAAUCGAUUGUCUUAUUGGCCAUUCAUUUGGUGCACAUACAUGUCUGAUGCUUCAUGAUCAACCACCGCAUGACAUUCAAAUUCGAUCACUUGGUUUUCAUUCACCCGAGUUCGGUCUUAAAGCAAUUGAACCGAAAAUAAUUCGAGGUGGAAAAAUUCUGAUAAAAAUGUCACAAUUUCAAUUGAUGACACGAUUAUUAAAAGCAAUGAAUUUUCGAUUUCCACCAUAUAAAUUCGACAAUAUUGAUGAUAUAUUUUUAAUGAGUUGUUAUGUACAAAAUAUACCCGAUAAAGUGAUCAAUGGUUCAAUGGUACGAUUGAUGAAACUAAAACAACGACAAACGCCUGGAUUUAUAACCUAUGGUACUGAUGAACGAUUAAUAUCAAAAUAUGCAAUUGAUAAACUGCAUGAAAUAUUAGAAAUAUCGAAUCGGAUUUCGAUUGAUCAGGAUGAUACAAAAUCGAUAUCAUCAAUACCAACAUCAUCAUCGAUAAUAAAAUCUUAUCUGCUCAAAGAUGCUGGACAUUUUCCACAUGUUCGUUAUCCGAAUAUUUCACAUUAUCUAAUCGAACAAUUGUUACAAUUAUAAUCAGUGAAUGAAACACACCUUGUUAUUAAUUAAUAUUAUUAGAAAAUUGAAAAUAAAAAUUAUUUUGAAAUGAAUUUUUCAAUCCUC